ACAGCUGCUUCAAGGGUGAAACAGAGCUACAAGGAUGAUGUCUCAAGCUGUGGUUUUGGUCUUGUUGGCUGUUCUUGGACACAUAAGUGGCAAUUUUGGAGCUAAUAUUGCUAAAGGUGGAAAAGUGACUCAGUCCUCCGUGGGGUGGGAUGGCAUUCCUGAAAGGGCCAUUGAUGGAAAUCGUGCUAGUGUCUAUCAACAGAGAUCCUGCAGCCACACAGCACGUGGUGAUAAAAAACCAUGGUGGAGACUGGACCUCCUGAAGACGUAUAACAUCAACACUGUCACCAUCACCAACAGGAGAGAUUGUUGCCACAAGAGGAUCAAUGGUGCUGAGAUCCGCAUUGGAAACUCCCUCAAUGACAAUGGCAACAAUAAUCCCAGAUGUGAUGUCAUCUCAUCUUUGGGACCCGGCACCUCCAAGACCUUUGCGUGUAAAGGAAUGGAAGGCCGUUACGUAAACAUUGUGAUUCCUGGAAGACGAGAGUACCUGACACUGUGUGAGGUGGAAGUCACUGGGACAGAAACCGUUGAUUCCAGUGAAAAUGAUUGUGGCUAAGUCAUAAAUAAUUCUAAAGUAAAGCUUAUCUUUGCAUGUUUCUGCUUCUUUUUUCCAUUAAUAAAAUAUUUCUACUUAUGGUCAAUAACUGAUAGUAGAGUUUAACAAUGUCAAAUUACACAUUGUUAACAAUUUCUGCAUGCCAUUUUAGUGCUUUACUGUACCUGGAAGCUUAUUCCCUUUCUUUCCAAGAGUUAGAGGACAAUUCUUGAUGACCCUCUCAUAUUUGUGUUAUAAAUUUGAAAAUACCAUUUGCAGCUGGCUAAUUUAACAGAAGACUGUUGGCAGAUAAGCCUUGCUGGCUCUGUCCAAGUAAUUUACCUCUAGCCUAUUUAUCAGCUACUGUUCAACAACCUGACCCAAACAUGACAGGUUUGUUUGUUUAGGCUUGGGUUUGUAUUAUUUGUGUUAGCCAACUUAAAGACUGACUUUCCAAAGCACAGAGACCUAUGUAACCAUAUCUUUGAAGAAGAAAUAACAAAAGUAUAGCCUAUGUCUGGGUCUCAAAUUUAGCAGCAUCAGGCCAGUUUUCAGUCAGGUCUUUAGAAAGACUCACGUAAAGGCUGAGUUCGAUUUGGAUUUUAGGCCGUCGACAUCUAACUCUUUGCAAGAAAGGCAAACUGCUCGGAAUUCUCUAAACUAGCUACGGUAUAUUUUAAUGUACGCUUUUCUGUUGCAAGUAAAAAAAAUAUAAUAUAGUAUUAUAAGUUUUAAGUUCCAGCAACUGCUGUAAGUUUGGGAAACAUACUUUGCUAAGCAUGGACUUGGAGUCUGCAGCCUCACACAUUGUUUUGUGGGAAUGUGUUUCUGUGGAUGUAGCGCCAUCUCAUGGUGACAACCUGGAAGUGAAUACAUCUAGUUUCCUGUGCAUUACAUAAAUAAAAUAUAAA